AUGAGAAGCAUCAAUCAGUCCAGCAUCUCGGAGUUCCUCCUCCUGGGCCUCUCCAGGCAGCCCCAACAGCAGCAGCUCCUCUUCCUGCUCUUCCUCACCAUGUACCUGGCCACCAUCCUGGGGAACCUGCUCAUCGUCCUGGCCAUCGGCACUGACUCUCGCCUACACAGCCCCAUGUACUUCUUUCUCAGCAACCUGUCCUUCGUGGACAUCUGCUUCUCCUCUACCACUGUCCCCAAGGUGCUGGCCAAUCACAUGCUUGGCAGCCAGGCCAUCUCUUUUUCUGGCUGUCUCACGCAGAUGUAUUUUCUCUGUGUGUUUGCUGACAUGGACAAUUUCCUCCUGGCUGUGAUGGCCUAUGACCGCUUUGUUGCCAUAUGCCACCCUUUACAUUACACAACGAAGAUAACUCAUCAGCUCUGUGUUCUGCUGGUGGCUGGGUCAUGGGUUGUCGCCAACCUGAAUGCUCUGUUGCACACCCUGCUGUUGGCUCGCCUCUCAUUCUGUGCGGACAAUGUGAUCCCCCACUUCUUCUGUGAUGUGACCCCCCUCCUGAGGCUCUCCUGCUCAGACACACACCUCAAUGAAAUGGUGAUUCUCUUUGAAGCAGGGCUGAUAAUGAUAAUCCCAUUUAUUUGCAUUUUAGUGUCAUAUAUCCUUAUAGUUUGUGCUGUCCUGAAGGUCUCAUCUGGGAGAAGAUGGACAGCCUUCUCUACUUGUGGCUCCCACCUGGCUGUAGUUUUUCUCUUUUAUGGCACCAUCAUAUCUCUAUACUUCAAUCCUGUGUCUUCUCAUUCAGCAGAGAAAGACACUGCAUCUGCCAUGAUGUACACAGUGGUGACUCCCAUGCUAAACCCUUUUAUCUACAGCCUGAGGAACAAGGACAUAAAAGGCGCUCUUAGAAAAGUCAUCAUCAUAAAACUUUUAUCCACUUAA